UUGUAUUAUUUUGUCAAACUCAAUCAUGCAAUCUCACGUAAAAAGUCAAAAAACAACAUGAAAACUACCAACUUAACUUGCCUUGCCUUUACUAUAUUGUUACUUUGAAAGGGGACUAUAGGCAGGAGCAGAGGGUCUAAUUUGGCCAUUUUCAGACCCGGUAUUGAGUCUUACUAUUUGGAAGCAACAUGGCUACCAGCACUGAGCAUGGCGGUAGUAUCACCAGUCUUCCAGAUAUGCCGUUGCCACCAUCCCCACCGCACAUUUACUGGACCCAACGGUCACACAGCAUGGACAACAUGAGUGUUGAUGACAUGGGUAUGCAUGGAGAGGCUUGGGUCGAAAACCCAUGCGGCUUUGGAGGUUCGCAGAGUUUCACAGAUGACUCCAAUGAAAUCAAAAGUGAGAGACGAAGAUGGUUAAGAUGGAGGAGAUGUCCUAAGUCCAUGUCGGCACUUGAAAGAGACGAGCAGAAAUUAUUUUCAAAUCUCAAAACAAAAACGUACUGCACACAUGUCAAUGUCGGCGAAGAGCAUCGCAUACGUACCCUCCGGACCACACCUCCAAAUGAACGUGUCAAGACAGCAAAUCCUAUCCCGAUUGUCUGCUUACAUGGCAUGGGUGCCGCGAUAGGAUUCUGGGCAUUAAACAUUGACGAUCUCGCCCGCCAUCGUCCAUUCUUUGCCAUGGAUUUACUAGGGUUUGGUAACAGUAGUCGUUCAAGCUUUCCUGAUGACCCAAACGAGGCGGAACAGCAAUUCAUCGACACGAUUGAAGACUGGUGUGAAGAACUUGGUUUGAAACAGUUCAUUCUGCUUGGUCAUAGCUUCGGUGGUUACCUUGCGACCGCGUUCAGUAUAAAGUAUCCCAGAAGGAUUAAGCGUCUAAUACUUGUUGACCCGUGGGGCUUUCCAAGGAAACCAGACAACCUUGAGGAGAGGUAUAAUAUCAACCCGGUGAAAAGAGCAGUGCUGAAGAUAAUGUUGAAGUUUAGUCCCUUGGCUGCUAUGAGAGCUUUAGGACCACUUGGACCUUGUCUUAUGAAGAAAGUCCGUCCAGAUCUUAAACUCAAAUUCCAAAGUGUCGUCGAAGGUGAUGUAUUGUACCAGUAUAUCUAUCACUGCAACUCCAAGACUCCAGCUAGUGGCGAAUACGCCUUUAUGAAAAUAAACGACACACUCGGUUGGUCCAAGUUUCCAUUGAUGAAUCGAAUUGGAGACCUUGACUCUUCCAUCAGAAUCACGUUCAUCUACGGGGAAGACUCCUGGAUGGAUCACGACUAUGCUGACAGUCUCAAGGCCAGACGCCAAGGGAAGGUCGAUAUUAAGUGCGUGAGUGAUGCCGGCCACCAUGUCUAUGCAGACAACCCCUCCAUAUUCAACAUGCUGGUGAAUAAGGCGUGUACAAGGACAGAUAUGGAAGAGGGACAUGGUCUCAACCAAGAUAUGGAGAGGAAUUGACAAAUGACUUAGCUUCAAGUUCGACGUGAUUAAUCUCAAAAUAGGUGUUUUACUGUUAGCAAGAAUUGAUAAAGCAAGAAUGUGGAAACAGUACCGCAGCACCUCACCUAGUUCUCUUUACCAAAUUCUGACACUGGGGGCUUUUACAAGGAAGAUCGACUUUGAUUCGAUGGCUAUCGCUCCCAUUGGUUGCUUGUUACUUCCCUUUUUAACUGAUUUAUUUCAUUAGUUGUCAAAUCUGGUCAUCCUUGCUAAUCAGGAAAUGGUAUUUCAAUGAAGUUCAAAGAAAUGCAAGUACCCAAUAACACGCCCUAGUACGGCAUAUUAAAUAGAGGAUUUCGACUUUGGCGAAAUGCCCUGUAUCUGCUAUAUUUAGGAGCUUAGAACUAAACAACGUUUUAUUUUGUUCAUCAUGGUUAUAAAUCUUACAGAGAAUUAAUGAAAAUAAUAAUAACAAUUACUAUCUGAGUUCAGGAAAGGACAGGUUGUGACUUUUCAGAAGUUUUAAGUUCUUAGUCUUUAUCAAUUCGUGCUGUUAACAAAAAUUGUGUUCAGUUUCGGAGAGCAAUGUAAAUUGUCACCUCUGGAAGAGGAUGCACAUCCAUCUAUAUUUGAUGACCCAUUGCACGAACUGUUAAUUGUUUUUACUAGUCAAGUAUUUGAAGUGUUUCAUUACAGAGUUAAUUAGAUUUCUAAACAGUUAUAGAGCUGCAUAGUAUAUAGAAUGCUUGCCAUAAGGUUGGGUCUACAUAGAGCUAGAUAGUAUAAUGGACACUGGCCAAAAGGUUGGGUUUACAUAGAGGUACUCGGGUAUACAUGUAUUUGUCACACUGGCCAAGUCGGGCUUACCGAGAGUUUCAAGGUAUAUGGACACAGUGGCCAAAAUGCUUGGUUUAUAUUGCUACACAGUAUAUGGACGCACUGGCCAACAGUGGUUUCACAUAGAGUGAAGGAAUCCUUCUGAUGUAUAACAUAAUAGCAUAUUAACAUAACUCUGCCAGAAAUCCUCAGCAUAUGUAGUUGUCAUGCCAAGUAGAUUGUGUGUCAAUAGAAUGGUGGCCAUCACGUACAUGUAACUUUGACAUUAAACACACAACCUUACCUUUAUGUUUGGUAACCAGACUACAUGUAUAGCACCUGUAGGCUAGCUCAUAUUUUCUGGGCUUAUUGCUGGCUUGUGUGGGUAUAUUUUGAUAAUAGCUUUAUUAGAACAUAGAAAUUAGAAUGAAAAGAGCUUGUAAUUUAAUGAUUAAGAAUCAGACUGUUUUGAAAUGAAGCUUGUCAUAUUAUGCCCUUGUGCAAAGCUGAAUAUUUUGUUAGAGAACUUUAUUAUUUAAUAUUAAAUGCUGAAAUUUGCAGCAAAUAUUAUUAUACUUGUACACAAUAGAUGUGUAUUAUUAUAUGUGAUAUGUCAUUAAAAGAUUUUAUUGUA